AUGGAUAAUAGUCUGAAAUCUCUGCAAGAUAUAGUCUCCUCAAUGCUGCCUGACAAAAAUCCUGCAUUUAUCUUCAAAGACUUGAACGUGGUAGAAACGUUGCAGGAGUUUUGGGAGAAGAAAAGAAAUCAAGGAGCUGUCUUUAAGAAUGGAAGUCUCGUGGUGUAUGAGUCAGUGCCGUCCCCUGUUGCUCCAUAUGUAUGUUAUGUCACUCUGCCAGGAGGCAGUUGCUUUGGUAGCUUUCAGUACUGUUUAACCAAAGCUGAUGCCAGACGGGAUGCAGCCAGAGUAGCCCUGGUGAACUCUGUCUUCAAUGAACAGCCAUCUCGUAUAAUCACAGUGGAAUUUAUCAGAAAUAGCAUGGAGGAAGCAGUUGCCUCAGUCUGUGGCAGUACCAAUGAUGUUAUGGAUCCAAGCACAAGCAUUGGGGCUUACUACCACAUGCUGGAGGCAAAUAAAGGGAAAACAAUGUUGGAAUUUCAGGAAUUGAUGACAGUCUUUCAACUGUUACACUGGAAUGGAAGCUUGAAAAUUCUGAGAGAAAGGAAGUGUUCCCGUCAGGAUGUAAUUUCCUAUUACUCCAAACAACCUUUGGAUGAUUGUUUGAGAAGUCAGAUGGCACUAGAUUGGAUCUUGAAGGAAAAGAAGACACCAGGAAUUAUUUCUCAGGAGCUCCAUUCUGCACUCAAAGACCUCGAGAGAGCCAGGGAAACCGGCCGUGAGUUGAGGUUCCAUAAAGAAAGGAAAGAAAUCCUGGUGCUGUCUCUCAGUCAGAUUGGGUCAGAAUCCAACAGUGGUCAAAUGUGUGAACAGUCUGUAUGUGACCCUACUUUGUUAGGUUUGUGCAACCAAACGCAAUUUAUGCAUUACAGGAAUUUAUAACCACGAUUAAGAUAUUAUGUGUUUUUUGUUCAUUGAAACACAUCUUAACAUGAUUAUCAUGACAAAAGUUAGCUGUUGCCACUCUGAUGAGUCAUGGCAGUAAUACGUACAGG